CUACGACCCCGGAAGGGGAGCAGAUGCCUGAGCAGAUGUCUUCAGAAGGCAGUCUCACAGAAUGAGCCAAGACCCACUCGCUUCAUGUUCAUUGACUUCCCUUGAUUGAUACCUUACAAGUCGCCCAUGCGCUUUUCCGCGCCAGUUGGUCAAAGGCCAUGCAUGACAAGGGUUCUUGCAGGCCGAGUAUCUAGCAGCUUUGUGUUGAAUUAACAAAGCUUCGCUGCGCAAUUAACUAUUCUACUUUAUUUUGCAUGCUAAUGCACUGGGCUGCACGUCUUUCCUGAAAGGUCCUCUGCUGUACUCAAAGCAGUGCUAAGGAUUGUAAACAUAAUAACAGAGACCAUAAUUACUAAACCGUCCCUUUGACAGUUCCUCAGCGUCCUUGGGCCACAAACCAGGUCACAAACAAUACCCCCAGACCUGCAAACUAAGUUGAACAUACAAUGAUAUCGCAAAAACAGCUUGUGCAAACCAGCUGCGGCCAAGUUGGCGCUGCUGGUGGGACUACAUUCCGGCGGCUGGUGGUCCCGGUCACGCCUCGCCUUGUCGGGGCGCUUCGUGCUCCCGGGAAAAUCCUUCCAGUCGCUCCUGAACGCGAUGGUGCUGCAUUCGGUCGCGGGCUCUCGGCGCUGGCGUCAGCGACUGGCGCAGGCGAACGCAGCGGCAGCGACGGAGGGCGCGCCAGCAGCGGCAAGGGUGCCUCUACCUCUGGCAGCGUUGGCUCGGACAGCCGCCCACGCCUUGCAAAGGUGCUGGCGGCCUGCGGCGUGGCCUCGCGCCGCGCCUGUGAGGGCCUCAUAGCGGACGGACGCGUGCGCGUCAACGGCAACCUAGUCAAGGAACAGGGCACCACAGUCGACCCCGCCCGGGACAAAGUGGAGGUCUUCCGCAGCCCCGAUGCCGCGGUGGCGCCGGCCACAGACGGCGCAGCCGCAGCCGCGGCCAAGACCGCCGGGGCCAAGGCCGCGGCGACGGCGACUGCGGCAGCGGCGGCGAAGGCGGCGGGCAAGCCGGCCGGCGGCAAGGCAGCGGCGGCGGCUGGCGGGGCGGUGACGGCGGCGUCGGCGUCGGGCGUGGCGGGCCACUGGGCGGUGGUGCCGGUGCGGCAGUUCCAGGACUCUGAGAGCCUCUACUACUUCGCGGUCAACAAGCCCAAGGGCUACAUCUGCACCAACUCGGACCCCGACGGGCGCGCCAAGCUGGCGGUGGACCUGCUGGCGCCCUGGCUCAGCACCUGGGGCCGCAACAACAAGGACAAGAAGCGGCUGCCCCCCCGGCUGUUCACGGUGGGUCGGCUGGACGUGGCGUCCACCGGACUGCUGUUCAUCACAAACGACGGCGUGUGGGCUAACAGUGUGAUGCACCCCUCCUCGGGCGUUACGAAGGAGUACGUGGUGGGCGUGGAGGAGGACGCCAGCAGGCAGCAGCUGGAGACACUGGCGGCGGGAACCGAGGUGGCUGGCACCUUCGUGUCGCCACUGGAGGUGGAGGUGCUGGGCGACCCACGGCGGCUGCGCAUUGUGGUGGCGGAGGGCAAGAAGCACGAGGUGCGCGAGCUGGUCAAGGCUGCCGGCAUGAACCUGCUGUCGCUGCGGCGAGUGCGCAUCGGCGGCUUCAGGCUGCCGCGGGACCUGGGGCUGGGAGGAUUCAAGGCGCUCACGCCGGCAGACCUGAAGCUGAUCACGGACGCGCGCGCGCAGGAGCUGGCCAGCGUCAGCGGCGCCACGCGGGCAGCGGCGCAGCAGGCGGCGCAGACGGCGGCCACCCGGCGGGCCAGUGUGCCGCGGGCGCUGAGGGACAUGCCUGAGGAGGUGCUGGAGAAGUUCAGGAAGGCGCGCGGCGACAAGUCCUGAUGAGAUCGUGAGGACUUGGGGGAUGAGUUGGAAAUGGUGGUGAGGUGGUGAUGAGCGGAUGUUGCCGGUGAUGCUGGGUGGUUCUGUGGAUGGGCAAGACUACCGAUCUCCAGUUUUCAAGACGGGAAUGGUCCGUGAGCUUGGUUUGCAUUAUCGUGCGUACGUGAGCACUGGCUGCGAGAGCGAGCGUCCGAGCUGCUUCGCCAGGGGCCGGCUGUGUGUAACAGGUGUGAACCUACGCCGGAAACAGGCGGGCAGCCAUGUCCUUAAACCGCGGAUUACAAUGCACACAAUGUAACGGAAUGAAACACGCUGUAGCUUAGUUACUAUCAGUAACAGGUGCACAGGCGCACGGCGGGCAGGCUGCGCUGAUGAUCAGCUGCGGUAUCUGCUGCGCCUUGCGGGCAUACGGCUGCCGUGGCUGUGCGCGGUUGCCAUAGCUAGCUGUGCCAUAGCCUUUUGUCGCUAG